AUGGCGGGACCUCUUAAGCAUGACACAUUCCCACAGUUUUUUCGUUGUGUCCACGACCUGGGGCAUGACUUGGGGCAUGACUUGGGGCAUGACUUGUGGCAUGACUUGUGGCAUGACUUGGGGCAUGACUUGGGGCAUGACUUGUGGCAUGACUUGUGGCAUGACUUGUGGCAUGACUUGGGGCAUGACUUGGGGCAUGACUUGUGGCAUGACUUGUGGCAUGACUUGGGGCAUGACUUGGGGCAUGACUUGGGGCAUGACUUGGGGCAUGACUUGGGGCAUGACUUGGGGCAUGACUUGGGGCAUGACUUGGGGCAUGACUUGUGGCAUGACUUGGGGCAUGACUUGUGGCAUGACUUGUGGCAUGACUUGUGGCAUGACUUGGGGCAUGACUUGUGGCAUGACUUGGGGCAUGACUUGUGGCAUGACUUGUGGCAUGACUUGGGGCAUGACUUGGGGCAUGACUUGUGGCAUGACUUGUGGCAUGACUUGUGGCAUGACUUGGGGCAUGACUUGGGGCAUGACUUGGGGCAUGACUUGGGGCAUGACUUGGGGCAUGACUUGGGGCAUGACUUGGGGCAUGACUUGGGGCAUGACUUGGGGCAUGACUUGGGGCAUGACUUGGGGCAUGACUUGGGGCAUGACUUGGGGCAUGACUUGGGGCAUGGGGGCAUGACUUGGGGCAUGACUUGGGGCAUGACUUGGGGCAUGACUUGGGGCAUGACUUGGGGCAUGACUUGUGGCAUGACUUGGGGCAUGACUUGGGGCAUGACUUGGGGCAUGACUUGGGGCAUGACUUGGGGCAUGACUUGGGGCAUGACUUGGGGCAUGAUGGUGACUCACAGUAAUUUGGGGCAUGAUGGUGACUCACAGUAA